AUGAUGCUAACAAUGAAAAACAAAACAUGGUUUUCAAAGCUUUCACUUUUCUUACUUCUGUAUGUUAUUUGGUCUCUGUUGCAAGCACCUACUUUGGCGAUCAAACAGUCUUAUAUAGUGUACUUAGGAUCACAUGCACACGGUCCAGAAGUUUCUGAGGCUGAUUUUGAUCGUGUGACUGAUUCUCAUUAUGACUUCCUUGGAUCAUUCUUGGGAAGUAAAGAGAUUGCAAAGGAUGCAAUUAUCUACUCGUAUCAAAGACAUAUCAAUGGUUUUUCUGCCAACCUUGAAGAGGAAAUGGCAGCUGAAAUCGCAAAGCAUCCAAAAGUUGUGUCGGUUUUUUUGAACCAAGGAAGACAGUUACACACAACCCAUUCAUGGGAAUUUAUGUUAAUGAAAAAAGAGAUCGGGGGUGUGAUACACCCCAGUUCCUUGUGGGAAAAGGCCAAUUUUGGUGAAGACAUAAUUAUUGGAAAUCUUGACACAGGUGUAUGGCCAAAAUCAAAGAGCUUCAGCGGCACAGGUUAUGGACCCAUACCAUCAAAGUGGAAAGGAAUCUGUCAAAAUGAUACAGUCCCUUGCAACAGGAAACUAAUUGGAGCAAGAUACUUCAACCAAGGCUAUACUAAUUUUACUGGGCCACUCAACUCUGCACUUAAUAAUGCACUUGACCAUGAAGGCCAUGGUUCUCACACACUAUCAACUGCAGGAGGGAACUUUGUUCCUGGGGCAAGUGUACUUGGUGUGGGCAAUGGAACUGCCAAAGGUGGUUCCCCAAAAGCCAGAGUUGCGGCCUACAAGGUCUGUUGGAAACCAAUUAAUGGGAGUGAAUGCUUUGACAAUGAUAUAAUGGCAGCCUUUGAUAUGGCCAUACAUGAUGGGGUUGAUGUGCUUUCUAUGUCACUUGGUGGCAAUCCAACUGAUUACUUCAAUGAUGGUAUGUCAAUCGGGGCAUUCCAUGCUGUUAAGAAUGGUAUUGUUGUAAUAAGCUCAGCUGGAAAUUCUGGACCAAAAUCUGGAACUGUAACAAAUGUUGCACCUUGGAUGAUAACUGUUGGAGCUAGCACCUUGGACAGAGAAUUCGAAUCUUUUGUUAAACUUCGAAAUGGGAAGCAAUUCAAGGGCGCAAGCAUGUCUAAACCUAUGCCAGCUGGGGAUAAAUUCUACCCACUUAUUAGUGCUGCACAUGCUAAAGCUGCUAAUGCAUCUGCCAAAGACGCUAUGCUCUGUAAACCAGGUACAUUGGAUCCGAAAAAGGCUAAGGGUAAAAUUCUGGCCUGUUUGAGAGGGGAAACCGCAAGAGUAGACAAAGGUGAACAAGCAGCUCUUGCUGGGGCAGUUGGGAUGAUUCUUUGCAAUGAUAAGCUCGAUGGUAAUGAAAUUAUUGCCGAUCCUCACGUACUACCAGCAACACAGAUUAACUAUAAAGAUGGUGUAGCAGUCUUUGCCUACAUCAAUUCUACUAAUGAUCCAUUGGGAUAUAUUACGGCCCCGACAGCAAAAAUUAACAAAAGGCCUGCCCCAUUCAUGGCCUCAUUCUCGUCCGUAGGUCCUAGCCAAGUUACACCCGAGAUUCUUAAGCCGGAUGUUACUGCUCCUGGAGUGAACAUCAUAGCUGCCUACACUGGAGAAGCAAGCCCUUCAGAAGAAAAUUUUGAUAAGCGUAGAAUUCCUUUUAUCACCAUGUCUGGCACAUCUAUGUCCUGCCCUCAUGUUUCUGGAGUUGUUGGUCUUCUUAAGAAACUCCAUCCUGACUGGAGCCCAUCUGCCAUAAAAUCCGCACUCAUGACAACCGCUAGAAGAAGGGACAACACUAAGAGUCCAAUCCUGGAUGGAUCUUUUAUCAAGGCAACGCCAUUCAGUUAUGGUGCUGGCCACAUACGACCAAACCGUGCCAUGGAUCCUGGUUUGGUCUAUGACUUAACUGUCAAUGAUUACUUGGACUUUCUUUGCGCUUCUGGCUAUAACCAAACUUUACUUGAACUCUUCACCGAGGCUCCUUAUAAAUGUCCCAAGUCAGCUAGUCUUUUGGACUUCAACUAUCCAUCCAUAACAGUCACUAAUCUAUCUCGGUCAGUAAAUGUGACUCGAAAGCUCAAGAAUGUUGGCUCACCAGGCACCUAUGUAGCUCGUGUCCGAGAACCCAUUGGAAUUUCAGUUCAUGUUGAGCCUAAAAUUUUGAAAUUUGAGGGUAUUGGAGAAGAGAAGAGUUUCAAGUUAACUGUGACCAAGAAAACUGCUGGAAUGGGAACUGAAGACUAUGUAUUUGGAGUGAUAAUUUGGUCAGAUGGCAAUCACUAUGUAAGGAGUCCAAUAGUAGUUGGUAUGCCUCUUGGCCACUGA